AUGCCUGAUCUCGGCCUCAGCGACCUCAACAGCAUUCUGACCAUCUUGGGUCUUUUCAUCGUUCUUUACGGAGUGAUUUCCGUCAAGUUCAAGAACCAGUGGUACCUGGGUGAAGCCCGUAUGUACUCGCUUCUCCCUGAAGUAGGCCGUCGCUCAGUGCUAACGCAAACAGUGCCGGCCGUCAUCAUUGGUAUUUGCCUGGGCCCGAUAGCAGCAAAGUUCAUAGUAUCAGAAAGAUGGGGGAAUCCCGAACCAGGACAGACGUCCGAAAUCACUCUGGGCAUCAUGCGAGUGAUGAUCGGCAUUCAGCUGGUCAUUGCAGGCUAUCAACUGCCCGCUAAAUACACCAUGGCCCGCUGGAAGGACAUGACCCUAAUCCUGAUUCCCGUCAUGACAAUGAUGUGGCUCUGCACCACCGUCUGCGUCCUGGCGACCAUUCCCAAGCUGAGCCUGCUGGCAUGUAUGGUCAUCGCAGCCUGUGUCACAUCAACUGAUCCCGUUCUCUCGCAAGCUGUCGCAAAGGGUCCGUUUGCCGACAAGUUUGUCGCCCGACCCGUUCGUGAGGUCAUCUCCGCCGAGGCCGGUGCCAAUGACGGAUUCGGCUUUCCCUUCUUGAUGCUCGCCACCUACCUCAUCCGCCAUGCCGAGGGCGUCAGCGUCCAAUCGAUGACAGGUGAGAGCGAUGGCGGUCUUCACAGGCGUGCUGGCGAUGUCGAGCGCCAGGGCGGCGGCGUUAGUGUGGCCAUGGGCAACUGGUUCCUCGAAACUCUGCUCUACUACGUGAUCAUGGGCGCCGUUUACGGUGCUGUAGCCGGAACUCUGACUCGCUUCGCGGUCAAGUUCUCUCUCAAGAGGAAGUGGAUCGACAGCGAGAGCUACCUGCUCAUCCCCCUCGCCCUCGGAUUCCUGAUGAUCGGCAGCGCUGGCCUCGUCGGCACCAACGACCUGAUUGCCUGCUUCGCCGCCGGUAGCGCGCUUAACUGGGAUGGCGAGUACCUUGCCGAGACCCUCAAGCGUCACGACGAAGUCAACUCGAGCAUCGACGUCAUUCUCAACUUUGGCGGCUUCAUGUACCUCGGCAGCAUCUUCCCCUGGGCCGACUUCCAGAACGCGGAUACUGGCAUCACCUACGGCCGCCUUUUUGGUCUGGGGUUCCUCGUCCUCCUGUUCCGCCGCAUUCCCGCCAUUAUGAUCACCUAUAAGCUGAUGCCGCACUCGAUUCGACCCUGGAAGGAGGCCCUCUUUAUGCGCCGCAAGUCGGUCCACGUCGCGGCGCCACCCAACGCCAUCGAGGGCGACAAGGAGACCUUUAUCGCCUACAAUCGUUUCUCCCGUCCCGUGUUCGACAACAACCAGCUUCCCGACUGGCGCGACGAGAACCCCGAGCCCAGCAUGGACGUGGAUCUUGAGCGUCAAAAGUCGGAAGCGGCGCUCAGCGCGCCGCGCACGCCGCGCACGCCGCGCAACCGCAGCAGGAGCAGGAGCACGAUUCGCUUCAUGGAUCGACGCGGGGCCAACGCAGGCAUGGGCAUGUGA